ACGUCUUGUCUGGGUCACCGAGAGUCUGUAUGCGUUGUACGGCUGGUCGGAACACCGGCGUUAUGGCUUCAUUGCGGAUCGUUGUGCUAGUUGCAAUGUUCGCAUCGGUGUCGUCCGAACUGUACAUAGCUGAAGUAGCCAUGGACAACAUUCAGGGAACAGUCGAGUUCAACACCACUUCUCAGAAGAUAACGUUAAAAUUGUUGUUGGAUUGCGCCGAGGUUAGAAUCUCUUUACACGAAUUCCCGGUCAUGUAUGGUCAUUUCAGUGACCCCUGCAACCAGUCAAACAUAGGGGAGAAGAUCUACGAGUUUACUGCGGCCAGUCCCAACGUGACCCUGAAUGAGAGCAAGCUUUUCCAGAUGAAAUCGGACCUCUCCGACCUGACGGUGGUCGUUGAUGGUUGUUUGAAUGGAAGCAAAGCGUGCGCCACUGUAAGGGGCGAUAUGCCCACCAAAACCUGGCAGGGUAAGUUCUUUUCUACCGUAGCCGGGGAUGUGUACAUUCGUCAAAACGCUGGAGCGAAGACGGCGAGAGUAUUGUCUAACCUCAUGGCAAUAAACGACAGUCAGACUUCUGUAAAUGUCUCACUCUACCUCCAGGCCGGGACAGCAAACUGCAGCUCGCCAGCAUCAAACGAUCGCGUAUUAGUCGGCACUGUCAAAGUUGGCACACCUUUGAAUCAGGUCAAGAGUCGCGUUGACGGAGUCCUUUUGUCAAAAGGCGGUCCCAAGACGUUAUUGUACAUGUAUGAUGGGGCGUACUGGUCUUGCACUGAGAUGCAGUUGAUGAAAGAGAAGCAGGUUUGCGCUAACGUGAAUAUGAAAGGUGUGAAAGGCAGUUUUUGUUUUCGUCAGGCUUCCCCCUUUGAUGCCACAUAUUACACCAUGUCUCUGAUGAAUCUGCGGUGGAUGGCCGCUACUUACCAUGUACAUAGUUAUCCGGUGCCUCAGCGCAGCACCCCAGCCGAUAAGCUUUGUAGUAGUGAAAAUCUGGGAGGGCACUUGAACCCAUUUGGGAAGAAUUUUUCCGGUCCUUCUUAUCCCCAAAGCACAAAUGAAACCCAUGAUCAAUACGAAGUUGGGGACUUGAGUGGGAGGCAUGGCUUUUUGAAAGGAUUGGACAUGGUGGAACUCAAUUUUACAGACUGGAAUCUUCCAUUAUUUGGGAGAAAUAGCAUUAUUGGCCACUCCAUAGUUAUUCAUCACCCCAACUCCUCCAGGUGGGUGUGUGGCACAGUUGGUUACCCUGGUGAAGUCCUCACUGCUGUAGCCAUAUUUAAGAGCCCGGUGUCAGGAAGAGUCAUUUUUCGACAACUGAAAAGCAAUCCCUAUUCAGAUUUGUCUGUUUUUAUGGACCUUUCAUAUACCAACUCAUCAGCUCCGACAACAGAUGAUCACUUGUGGUACAUUAACAAUUAUCCUAUCAGCUCCGAGCUGGAUUUGGCUGCAGAUGCUUGCUUAAGCACCAAAGGUCAUUUUAAUCCCUUCAAAGUAGAUGUUGGAAAUAAUUAUACUGUUGAGUGCAGUCCAGACAGUCCUUUCCGAUGUGAAGUUGGAGAUUUUGCUAAGAAACAUCAAACAAUAAUGCUCACCAACCAAACGAAAGUUGUUGGCAACAAGUAUUUCUUCACUGACACCACUUCAUCCCUAGCUGGGUCUUUGAACAUUGCUGCUCGGUCAGUCGUCAUUCUUGGACAAAAAUUUUCAGCCAAUCCUCUAGCUUGUGCUAAUAUAACAUUUCUUCAUCCAGCGUCAGUGGAGAUUGACUCAUGGAAGGGCAUUGGAAAAGUUGAUGGAAAGGUGGCAUUUAAACAGCUUUUAGAUUUAGACAAUACUGUUGUGGAGGUUAACUUAACAGAUCUGAAUAGUAAAACUAAAACUUACAAUAUCCACACACUUCCCAUCAAAACUGUCUCUUCCAAUGUAGAUGUUUGUUCUCUUAUAAAUACUGGAGGUCGCUAUAACCCAUUCAAUGUGAACGGAUCUUUGUCUCCUGAGCCAGGCAAUGGUACAGUUGAUCAAUAUGAAGUUGGUGAUAUCAGUGGAAAAUUUGGACAGCUAAGUGGUUUGAACCAAACAAGUGAAGAAUAUAUGGACAUGAACAUGCCCUUGUUUGGACCUCAUGGCAUUUCCAACCGUUCCUUGGUUAUUUAUCAGGAAGAUGGGUCACCUUUGCGCUGUGCAAAUCUGAUUGAAGUGAAGGCUACAGAUGGAGAGUUUGUUUACGCAAAAGUUAAAUUCGGUGGUGCAGUGAAUGGAACAAUAACUCUGUCACAACAGGUCUUCCCAGAUGGGAGUUACAGUGACACAACAAUGAAAGUAGACCUUGAACCUUCCGAUCCAAAUGCAGGUGAUAUCGAUCACCUGAUGUGGCACGUUCAUACUUAUCCAGUACAGUUUGACAAUUGCACUGGUGUAGGAGGACACUAUAAUCCUUACAACAUAGACAUAAAGGCCAAUUAUGAGCUAAGCUGUUCCCUUGCUACUCCUUUGCACUGUGAGGUUGGAGACUUAAAUUCCAAACAAGGUCCUAUUAGCCUUGGGAAGAGAUAUUUGAAGACUGAUGUCGAGCUACCAUUAACCGGAGAUUUUACUGUGGUGGGCAGAUCAGUGGUGAUUCACAAUACCGAUCAUAACAAAAGCUUGAAGGAUUGUGCUAACAUUGUUGCCGAUUAUAACAUGAAAUCACUUAAGUUUCCAAAUGUGGACUCAUUCAGCAGGUAUGAAUUCCGCAAGACUGUUGCAGAUACUCUAGAUAUUGCGAUCUGGAGAGUAACUAUUUUACCAGGGAGUCCAUCUGAAGCUCCUGUAAAAGAAUGCCAGCAAGUCACUUUCUAUGUGGCAGGAAAUGUUGAUGAGAAUAAAAUGGCCAAUUUGGAGAAUGAGGAUAAAAUGGGCAAAUUCAAGGCCUCCAAAAAAUGUACAGCAGAUUCUAGUGGUUCAACUCCAAGCCUGUUCCUGAACGCCAGGCAGUUUGUAUUCUGGAUACUGUCUCUGAUGUUGCAGUUCAUUCUCUACUCUGCAUUUGAAUAGAUACAUUGAAAAUAAUGUCAGCCAUUUGCUUCAGAAUCUCCAACUGGACCAAAAGAAAAUUGUGUAGUACGUUUAAAUAAAUCCAGGGGUUUUACUUUUCUGAUUUUCUUAGAUGGCACCAGAUGGUCCAUUCUUAGAUUUGCACUUUAUUUUUCUAUGAAUCAAUACAUAUUGCCUUAAAAUUAGGAUCUUUCAAAUGAUGACAUAUGAAUACUUUACUUCCUGCUAUUUAAAAGAAGUAGGAUAAUGGUCCCAUUAAAACAAGAAAGGAGUACGAUGAGGUAGAAUUUUGUUCUGGGUCACAUGUGCCAAACACAGCACAGCUGCAACUGAGAGUUUGCAUGCCAUUUCUGUUCCAUUAAGUGAGUACAACUAAACUCCUACAGUGAAGCACAACAUACAGUUGCUACUCUAGUUUAGCCUGUGUGGCCAAGGUCAAAUUUCUAUACUGAGUCACUCAUGGGGUGGCACUGUAAUGUGGUAGUUAACACAACAUUUUACAGUACAGGCAACUCAGGUUCAAUUCAAUAAGGAGUUUAUAUGUUCUCCCUAUGAACACGCGUGUUUCCCCGAGUGUCCCGGUUUCCUCCUCAGUCCAAAGAUGUUCCGGUUUGUAGGUCAAUUGGUCAUUGUAAGUUGUCCCGUGAUAAGGAUAGAGUUAAAUCAGGGGAUUGCUGGGCAGAGUCGCUCAAAGAGGCAGAAGGGUUGUAUGAAUACAUAAAUAAAAAUAGGUACUUGUACAUUAAUGUUCCAAGAGUAUAAUCUUAAGGCAUCAAAGAUCUAAGGUGUCAAAAAUAAUGAACUCAAAGGUAUGUAUCUUGGUAAAUAUUUUACAAAAAUGAUAUAUAAAAUAGGUACUUGAAUAAAAUUCAAGUGCAAAUUCAAAUUGUUCGAAGUACAUUUUUAUCAAAGUAUGUAUCCAUUAUAUAACCUUAAAAUUUGUCUCCUAACAGGCAGAAAUUGUGCAUUAUCUAACUUAAAUUACAUGAUCAAAAUUAGUAUAUUUACAUCCCAACCCAUGCUGGUAGAAAUAGUAGUAUGUGGUCAAGGCAAUAAUGAUGCAAGGUGAGUUUAAACUGCAAGAUAAAGUUGCACUGUAAUUCGUGCUGGCAUAUGACUCUUAUAUAGAGCAUGAUUUAACAAUAUACUCUCUACCCAAUUUGGAUAAAUUCAGAAAUUACAGCCUUCAUCUGAAGAUUAGGUAGUUUACUUAACACUUCAUUACAAUUUAUUAAAAUAAACUUUGAAUAUGGCUCUAAUGAUUUCCUCAAUUUAAAGUUCAUUCUGUUUUACAUUAUGUGAAAGAUUAAAAGCAGAAUUUUCAAAUUGUACUUUUCAAGCUCUUUGGACAUCUCAAAGUGAUUUAGAGCCAAUUAAAUACUAUAGAAGCAUAAUCACAAAUGUAAUGUGGUCAGAACUAUUCUGUUACUGACAAUCAUCACAAUGACAUUCUCACUGAGAUUGCUUGUUGGAUAAUAGAAAUGGCAGUAUUCAGUCCACUCUGCCCUGAUGGUAUUGAGGAGGGCCAGCAGUAACCUGCUCUAGUUCUUCCUGUCCUUAUCUUCCUUUGUGUCUAUUUGCCCUUAUUUUGCCGUCUCCAUUUCUGCUUCAACAACUACCUAUGACAAAGCACGCCAGCAAUGGAGAUCUGACUUGGGUUCAUACCUUUAAUUAAUAUACUUAUUUGAUUCACCCUUUGCACUCGCCACCCAAAAUCGUGACCCUUGCCCACAAUCCAACUCCCCCACUGAUGCCUGACUUGUGCAGCCCCGACACAGACUGACUUUUUCACUGCCUGAUUCAACUGCUAUCAGUGCCCCCCAUCACUGAUGUAUUUCCAGCCCCACCACCAAUGCACAGUAGCCAGCUCUUGCGCUAGUACACCCACAAAGCCUCUCAUCAGCCUAUUUACAUACAGGCAUAGCUUGUGAAGGAAAGACUCUGAGUUAUUGAAAUUGUUAGCAAUGAGCACUCAAGUUAUAUAUUCUGAGAAAGCAACACACAAAGUGCAGGAGGAACUCAGCAGGGCAGGCAGCAUAUAAGGAAAAGAGUAAACAGUCGAAGUUUCAGGCCAACACCCUUCACCAGUCCUGAUGAAGGGUCUUGGCCUGAGACGCUGAUGUUUACUCUUUUCCAUAGAUGCUACCUGACCUGCUGAGAUCCUCCGGCAUUUUGUGUGUGUUGCUUGGAUUUCCAGCAUCUGCAGAUUCUCCUGUGUUUGUGAUACAAAGGCAGUAUGUCAAAAUUUAUCACUUCUCUACUUUCAACAGAGCUGUAACUUGCAUAUCACUUGGAUCUUUGAGAAAUCUCUAUUUCCAAAUGACUCAUUUACUGGACAGUUUAGUUCCUGUGCUCACCACUUUUUGACUUCCUUGAGUAUUCUGGGACAAUUCGCCUUUUGGCCUACUUGAAUAAUAAUGUCCUGAAAGUGUCCACGUGCUCUUCAGUUAAUCAGUCACUCCCAGCAUAUUUCUUUCAAGCUGCUUUCAGUUUUGAGUGGCCUUCAUCUUUGUUCCAUCAUGAUUAUGAUUUUAUUUUUGAAAUUUUUAGAAGUACAUUUUAUUUAUACUGAUUGCUCUAUUUCAAUAACUCUAUCAAUCUCUCUUUAUUAAGACCAAUAUUAUCUUUAACUGCAAAUACUUAGCAGUUAAUCAAUGCUGUCAGGAAAUCUGCUUAUCUGCCAUUUCUUUCACAUGCCUAUCCUGUUCAUGCCAAAUUUUGUAUCAGUAAACAAAAAUAUUUCCCGGGGUAACUUGUAUCGGAAAUAAGUCCAGCCUGGAGUGACCACAAGCCAGGAAAGAACUGGAUAUAGUAUGAGGCAGCCAUUGAUCCCAAGGGAUCAUGGGUUUGCGUCUCUGGUGGACUGUGUCCUCUCCAGGGCACAAGCCUGGGUGGGAAGAACCGGUUCCCCCUCUCCACAUCACUGAUGUAGUCCAAGGGAAGGGCAAGCGCUGGUACAGCUUGGCACCAGUGUCGUCUGAGAGGUUGCCAGAGUGAAGUUGUAAACAACAUCAAAGUGCCUUAGGGACCCCGCCUCCAGUUUUCUUCCUCGGGGUUUACUCCCAAAGUCUUUCCCAUGGGUGGGUAUGGCCGCAAGGCAGCGGGUGUUUCUUCUCCUAGGAGGGUUGCCAUCCAAGGAUGAUGAGCCCCACCUGCUCAAAGCAAUGUGCCAGUAUCCAGCUUUUCCCCUUCUCUUGUCAGUGGAAACAGUUCCGCCAGGCCUAGUAGCUAAGCCACACAUGAAGGCCAAGAGUUGGACUUGGGUGUCAGAGGCUGUUAGAGAUGCGCACCAGUUGGAGCACUUUAUAGGCAGUGGGAGCUUAUCCCCACUAUAACCCCGGCCAUGACAACCUUAGGGACCAAUUGGAUAUAACACCUGAUAAAUUCAAGUUACUCUGAUAGAUUUCUGUGCAUAUUUACCAAACUCCCUUCGAGUUCAUUGUAGAUUGAUCAUUAUUGUCUUAAUAUUUUCCUUCUAAUUAAACUUGUCACAUAAACAUAAACACAUGUUACUGUUGAUAAUUGAUAAAGUACUAUCCAAUGCCACUUAGUUGGUCAUCAGAUUGUGUGUGGUCAGUCUUGGAAUUUUGUUUAGUGUAGGUUAAAAUAUUACAGUUUUCAUUCUUAGGAAUUUAAAGCUGACUUAAUUAGCCAGUUUGAAUUAGUUUAUCUAUGUGUUGGUAUGACUCUUUUCAAAGAGAUAAUGGAAUAUAAUCUGUAUUGUGAUUAUCUUUGUAUUGGGUUAUUUAGAUGUCAAAUGGCAAAUUAAUAGUUCAGGAACUUGGGAAGUAAAUUCCAUGAAUGGGUUAAAAGAAACAGAAUUAAAUGUGGGGGAAUCAACUGAAUGAAGAUUCAUUUAAACUGUAAUUCAAUUGAUGGAACUGUUAUUAUUAUUGAAAUUGAAGGAAAUUGUGGGAUGGGACAGUGUGAAGGUAAUGGGCAUCACUAGUUUACCAUCCAAGGCUUGAAGUUGUAAAAUACAAUCAAAGAAAGGACAACAGAUUUAUAAUUAGAACAGUAAAAUGAAAAGUACUGAAAAAACUAUUUUAAACAGUUCUGUUUACAUUAAUUUUGGGUUGCUUUGUAUUUUCUCAAAUGUUUUGCUUGUUUAAAUGCUGCCUGUUUUGCAUUAUAGAAGUGGUAAGUGCUUAUAAAGUAAUGGACAAGGAGAAAAUUAAUUUAUCCUGAUAUCACGUAUGUGAAAACAGUCACCUGAAAGACAAUUUUGGUGUAUGUUUUUCCUUUUUGAGCAAUUCUAGAAAUCUUUAAAUGUACUUUUUGUACCUGUUUUGAUUUUUCAACUUUGAUCAAGAAAUGUUAUUACAAAAACCAUGAUAAAAGUCAUGAUUACCCUUCCCCAUUCUGUUUUUAUCCUGGCUUAUCCACUGUCUCCAUCAAGGGACAUCAGCAACUUUAUCAAUGUGACUGGUCUUCACUCUUGAUAGACGCUAAGGUAAACAAGUGGUUAUGGACAAACAUUUAACAUACUUAGAAUUCUAUUCUUACUCGGGCAGAAUACAGGACAGAUUUAAAAAAUAAGGUAUACUGAUUUAUUUCAUCUCUGUAAUGCAGGAGACAGAGCUCAUAGAGUAGGGUCCAAACAACUAUGAUCUAAUUACUGUUCAGUCUGUCCUAUGUGACUUAGCAAUGUGCCA